CUGUAAAAGCACUGGGCUUUACGCGCGCGUGAGAGGGGGAGGGCGGUGUGUUUCCACCGGGGACGGUCCCGUUUACCGGAGCGACAGCGCGGACAUUUUCACCCCGUAUCGAAACACGGUAAAAUAAAAAAGAAGACAAAGCGCCGCAAAAACUUUACGAGUCCGUCUUGCCUGAAGUGGACGUUCAGCAGUCAUCAUGGCAGAUGAAGCAGACAUGCGUAAUGAGCUGGCUGACCUGCAGACACGUGCAGAUCAGAUAGCUGAUGAGUCUCUGGAGAGCACUCGGCGCAUGCUGGCGCUGGUGGAGGAGAGCAAAGAUGCCGGCAUCAGGACUCUGGUCAUGUUGGAUGAGCAGGGAGAGCAACUUGAUCGUGUGGAGGAGGGCAUGAACAAGGUCAACGCAGACCUGAAGGAGGCCGAGAAAGAUUUAAAAGAUUUAGGACAAUGCUGUGGUCUGAUAUGCCCAUGUAUUAAAAAGAUUAAGGGCGGGGGCCAGGCCUGGGGAGGGAACCAGGACGGAGUGGUUAACAGCCAGCCCGGUGCUCGAGUCGUGGACGAGCGUGAACAGAUGGCCAUCAGCGGGGGCUUCAUCCGCAGGGUAACAAACGAUGCUCGGGAGAACGAGAUGGACGAGAACCUGGAGCAGGUGGGCAGCAUCAUUGGAAAUCUGCGUCACAUGGCCCUAGACAUGGGCCAGGAGAUCGACACGCAGAACCGCCAGAUCGACAGGAUCAUGGAGAAGGCUGAUUCCAACAAGACCAGGAUCGACGAGGCCAACCAGCGCGCCACAAAGAUGUUGGGCAGUGGCUAAACUGCAGCAGGAAGUGCUUUCAUCCCCCGCGAAACCCCAGGCACCCCGGCAAAUAACAGCUCCAACUAAACCCGGCCCGGAACCCGCUUCCUUUGCUCAACAGCAGCCACCGCAAACUCAUGCUUUUAUUGUGAUACGUGUCGACGUUUGCACACAUGCACAUAUCAUACUUUCCUCUGAGAGCCCCCCCCCCCAUCACUUCCACCUCCCCUCUCCUCCCCUUAUCGUCUAUGUUGUUCAGUGUUGUCUCUAUUUGUUUUUGUUAAGAACUAAUAGGUCGGUACACAUCAUCCACUCUCCACUCUGUACAUAGUGUUUCUCAAAUGGCAUUGGUUUAGAUUACGCGUCCUUUUUCCCUCGAUCGCUCUUUUUUUUUAAAAGGUCUGUGUAAUAUAAACUGUAUGCACAUGAUGUUUCAAGAUCUCCUCUCCCCUUAACAGAACUCUGCUGUUGUCCAUGUAGGAAACACCGCGUGUAGUCAUGAGUAAAGAUGUUGUGAUGCUUACACAGUGAUUUGCCGUGAGUCUAGUGAACAUAAAGCCCUCACUGCUUGUAAACUAAGGCUACUGUUUAAACACAGUGCUUCUCAACGUCAACUUUGUUGCCUGCUCAUGUCUUAUUAAUUUUUGAAUACCCGGUUAAGCCUAUGUCAGCGCCUGGGUCGUUUGGCUAAAACUAUGAGCUUUGGGCACACGGCUGCUGGUGCGCCAGUAUUUCACCAACUUUACUGACGGAGCAGGAUUGAAACAGUUGAACGCCAUGGAUUGUAUAGUGCACACGUCUUCCUCAGGGAGCCAAAUCCAACCAUUCAGUGACAAGUGUUAAAAAUUUGAAUUGUAAUUCAUAAAAACCUGAUUCAUACUUGUAACAUAUAGCUAAAUGUGUGUGUCAAAAUUUGCAUUUGUCUGUGGUCUGAGCAGCAUUUACGGCGGAGCUCUUGUUAAACCAUCGGACAAAUGUCUUAUUAGUUGACUCUAUUAGCUCAUAUUGUGAUUAAGAAAGGAGGUGGAGUCACAGCAAUGACCUGCCCUGCUCAGAGGCAGAGUUACAGAGCGGCCAACAACCUCUUCGUAUAUAGGCCACACUGCUUUACCCAUGAUUCAACCCUAGCAAUACCAAGUGGCGCAUUGUGUGUGUUAUGCAUGUCCAUCUGCUGCUAGAAGACACUGUAUAUUUCAUUUCUCUAGGCAAAAAAUAUUCUAACAUGGCAACUGCAUGCAGCCUCUGUAUGCCAUAUGCAGAGGAAAGGCUCGUUUUACCUGCAAUAGUGCCACUCUUUUUGUUUCAUGUCUCCAUACCUUUCCAGACUGUGACCAUUACUGUAAUAUAAUAUAUUGGAAAAUGCCAAUAAAACCAACAUGACUGUAGGACCAAA